AGAUCAAACGCGAUUUAGGCCCAUUAGGGUUUCUUUAUAAGCCCAAGUUUUCGUCCCAGGGAACCGCAGUCAGGGUCCGAAAACCGUCCUCUCUACUUCCGCCGCAGGCGCUCAGAGUUGGAGGUCGCUGAGAACUCUCUGCAAUCAUGGUGAAGUACUCGAGAGAUCCUUCCAACCCUACCAAGUCUGCCAAAGCCAUGGGUCGCGACCUGAGGGUUCACUUCAAGAACACGCGGGAGACUGCUCAUGCAAUUAGAAAGCUACCUUUAUCCAAGGCCAAAAGGUACCUUGAGGACGUAAUUGCCCACAAGCAGGCUAUUCCCUUCCGAAGGUUUUGUGGCGGUGUUGGUCGAACUGCUCAGGCAAAGAACAGGCAUCCGAAUGGGCAGGGUCGAUGGCCUAUGAAAUCAGCUAGAUUCAUUUUGGAUCUGCUUAAAAAUGCUGAAAGCAAUGCUGAAGUGAAGGGCUUGGAUGUUGACAUACUCUACAUCUCACACAUCCAAGUGAACCAAGCCCAAAAACAGAGGCGCAGGACUUACCGAGCUCAUGGAAGAAUCAAUCCCUAUAUGUCCUCUCCUUGCCAUAUUGAACUGAUACUGUCUGAGAAGGAAGAGUCUGUCAAGAAAGAGCCGGAGACCCAACUUGCCACCAGCAAGCCCAGGAAAGCUUGAGCAAGUGAGUUAGUGAGGCAUCAUCGUAGGCAUAAUAGUUUAUGGAAGCUCAUAUUACUCAUUGUUUUGGCACUCUAUCAAUUUGCUUCAUCAGUUACUUUCUGUUACUUUUUUGUUAACGAGAACUUUGUUGGAUUUGGACCGCCAACUGUUUGCUCAUGUUCCUUGCAAUGUCUUUAAUUGUUUCAACUUUCACUUUAACUCUUUAAGCUUCUGAUUUAUAUCA